UUAGGUUAGAAGUAUCAUGUUCCAGAACAGUGUUGGAGUUUCGAUUCCAUGAAUUUUGUAAUAUGUAGCUGCUUUAGGCUAUGGCCUCCUUUCAAAUUAAAAAGAAAAAAAAAAAAAACGUAAAUACACAUAGAAACUUUGUCACGUCCUGGAAUCUAAAACAAAGAUGAGCAGAUCUUCAUCUUAAAGAAAAUAAAAAGAAAUGAAAUGAAAGACCUAUAUGGAGCUGAGGCCAAAUGGGGCAUGUGAAUUGGGGCUGAAAGAAUACAAAUCUAUUAAAAAAAUGAUAAAAUUCUAUAUAAUUCACAUAUAAAUAUUCUUAAAUGAUUUACAGAUGUGCAUGGCAUUGGACCCCUUCAAGCCCAGAACAUAUACAUGUCUUCUUUAUUGAUAAAAGUGAUAAACGUUACCAAAAGUAAAUAAAUAUUUAUACCUACUGGCAGAUGCCCAAAAUCCUCCAAAUAAGCUUGUUUCCUUACAGAUGACAUGUCUUCCUCUCUAUCAUCUUCCUGCAGCUUGAGGCUUCGCUUUUGCAGCAGGUUCAAGGGAGUCAAGUCCCCUCAAGUUAGAGCUAAAAGCUUUAGGGAUGAUGGGACAUUUGCAAAUAUGGUAGAUGCAAACAUGGGAGCUCUAAGAGAAAGAAUGGCAGAAGUGAGGAUGAAGGAGAGGUUGGAGAGCUGUUGCAGCAGAACCCAAAAUGGCUGGGAUUAUCAGUGUUAUGGUUAUGAUGACAAACACAAGAGAAGCCAUAUGUUAGGCGAGUCUUUAGAGAUUUUGAGUUCAGCUAGUGGCGCACUUGCCUUCGUCUUCCUCAGCGGGUCUCUUUGCAUUUUUCUUGUUUCUCUUUUGGUUCAUUUUACCAACUAAUAAUUAAUUAUUAGGAUUAAUUAAGAGUAUUAUUUUGCAAGUA